GCAAAAAGUAGGUGGAUACUCUGUGAAGUCUCGCCGACUUUGCAGUGUAAAUAGCAAAUUUAUUAACAAAAGUGUCGUAAACUGCCGCUGUAAUCCUGCCAUGUCGGUGCUGAGGAAUCCACGGCGUCCGUAGACACUUCUGACGUCUCAAUAUCGGCGAUUCAAGGGUGAAACUUACGUUUUUAUACCCGAUGAUGAUGUGCAGAAAAUCGCCGGCUGUGUGCAUAAAAUCCCAUUGAAUUACAUUAGCACUGACUCAGUGACAUUGACAUUGCAACAAUAUUGAGUGUGUAGUUUGUGUCAAAUAUCAACAAAGAUUGAAACUGGGCUACAUUCCUUUACUGCAGAACUGAGAACUAAAGAACAAACAUGGCUGAUGCGGAUGAGUGCAAUAUUAAAGUGGUAUGUCGGGUGCGGCCGAUGAACAGCAGCGAGUUGGCGUCAAAGUCGACUGUUGCCACCAAAUUCCAAGGAGAUGAUACUGUUUCUAUGGGAGGAAAAGUUUUUGUCUUUGACAGAGUUUUCCGACCGAUAUCAACACAGGAAGAAGUGUACAACAAAUGUGCCAAAGCCAUCGUCAAAGAUGUCUUGGAAGGAUACAAUGGGACUAUAUUUGCAUACGGGCAGACAUCCAGUGGAAAGACGUUCACUAUGGAGGGUGUCCUCAAUGAUGACUUGUACAUGGGAAUCAUUCCUCGUAUCGUUCAAGACAUCUUUAAUCACAUUUACCAGAUGGAUGAAAGCCUGGAGUUCCACAUCAAGGUUUCUUAUUUUGAGAUUUACAUGGAUCGCAUUCGGGAUUUGCUGGAUGUUUCCAAGACGAAUCUCUCCGUCCAUGAGGAUAAGAACAGGGUCCCUUAUGUGAAGGGUGCUUCGGAGCGCUUUGUCUCUAGUCCUGAUGAGGUCAUGGAGGUCAUUGAUGAAGGGAAAUCCAACAGACAUAUAGCCGUCACAAACAUGAAUGAGCAUAGUUCCCGUAGUCACAGCAUCUUCCUGAUCCAAGUCAAACAAGAAAACGUCGAAACUCAGAAGAAACUCAGUGGAAAACUCUACUUGGUGGAUUUAGCUGGUAGCGAAAAGGUCAGCAAGACAGGAGCGGAGGGAACCGUCCUGGAUGAAGCGAAGAAUAUCAAUAAGUCUCUAUCGGCCCUUGGGAACGUCAUCUCUUCCUUAGCAGACGGAAGGAAAACUCACAUCCCGUAUCGAGACAGUAAAAUGACGAGAAUCCUGCAGGAAUCUCUGGGAGGGAACUCUCGUACAACCAUCGUCAUCUGCUGCUCUCCAUCCUCAUUCAACGAUUCAGAGACCAAAUCAACGCUCAUGUUCGGACAGAGAGCCAAGACGGUGAAGAACACGGUGACUGUGAACAUCGAGUUGACGGCCGAGGAAUGGCGUAACCGAUACGAGAAGGAAAAAGAGAAAGUGACUAAAUUACGGACUCAGCUACAAGCGACAGAAGCCGAGCUACGCAGAUGGCGCGGUGGAGAGUCUGUACCAGAGAAUGAGCAAGGCAACAAGAACCAGAACAUCUUGAAGGAAUUGAUGCCACCCACGGUACAAACAGUGACUGUAUCUGUCUCUGAAGAAGAACGUCUUAAAUGGGAGGAGGAGAGAGCUAAGCUGUUUGAACAACUCGAUGAAAAGGACAGCGAGAUCGACAGCCAAUCCCGUCUGACCGAGAAACUCAAGGAGCAGAUGCUGGACCAAGAAGAGCUUCUUUCCUCAAUCCGGAGGGAGUGUGAGUAUCUUCAAACUCAGAUGACUCGUCUUGAUACGGAGAACAUGGCUGCUAAGGAAGAGGCUAAGGAAGUCUUGCAAGCGUUGGAGGAGAUGGCUGUCAACUACGAUGAGAAGUCUAAGGAACUCGAGGAUAAGGCCCGCUCUAAUGAGUCGUUGACGGAGGAAGUCGGUGAAAAACUGAAUUCCCUGAAUAUCAUCACGGCACAGUUGGAGAAAGUUCAAGAAGUUGAGCAACAUCAACGACAUAGGACUACUGAGAUGAUGACAAGCUUGCUGAAGGAUCUAGGGGAGAUUGGUGGUGUGCUCGGAGGAAAUGUAGCUGACAUGAAGCUGAAUGUUGAGAAUAUUGACAAGGUAGACGAGGAGUUCACCAUGGCUCGUCUGUACGUUAGUAAGAUGAAGACUGAAGUCAAGACGCUCCAUCAACGCUGUAAGGUCUUAGAGAUGACGUCAUCCACUAGCGCCAAGAAGCUGGAGGAAGAAGAGAAGGAACUAGAUUCUUGCAGGAUGCUUAUCUCGCAGCAUGAAGCUAAAAUUAAAACAGUGAGUGAGAAUCUCCGUGAAGUAGAGUUUAAGAAACAGAGUCUGGAGGACAAACUGGACAUUCUGAAUGAGCAGCUGGAGCAAGUCAAUUCACAAGCAGCCGCCCAAAAGAAAACGUUGGAAGGGAAGGCUCUGGAAGACAAGGCUAGGGAGAGUGAGGAAUCGGCCAAGGAACUGAAGGCUAAGAUGGAAGCUCAGAUGGAGAAGCAUCGGGAAGCUCACCACCAACUCCUGACUAGUCUCAGAACGGAAAUCUCAGAGAAGGAACACCAGAUUGAGGAACUCAAAGACUUGAAUCAGAAUCUGACUCUACAGCAGGAGAAACUUCACCUGGAUUACGAGAAACUGAAGCAAGAAGAAACAGAAAAAUCCCGUAAACUCAAUGAACUCAGUCAACAAGCUGACCGAAGGGAACAAGCUAAGCAAGACUUGAAGGGUCUGGAAGAAACAGUGGCCAAGGAGCUUCAGACGCUGCACAACCUGCGUAAACUCUUUGUGCAGGAUCUGCAGAACCGAGUCAAGAAAGCCCUCGAAGGCAGCGAUCGGGACGACGACGCAGGAGGCAGCCAGGCACAGAAACAGAAGAUCUCCUUCCUGGAGAAUAAUCUGGAACAGCUGACUAAAGUACACAAGCAGCUCGUCCGUGAUAACGCCGACCUACGCUGUGAGCUGCCGAAGCUUGAGAAACGUCUACGUGCAACCUCAGAGAGAGUCAAGUCACUCGAGGCUGCCCUGAAAGAAACAAAAGAGGGCGCUAUGCGUGAUCGCAAGAGGUACCAGCAAGAAGUGGACAGGAUCAAGGAAGCAGUCCGUCAGAGGAACAGUGCAAGAAGAGGCAACUCCCCACAGAUAGCCAAGGCCAUCCGGGCAGGUCACCCGCCCCUCUCUCCGGGCAACAUGGGCAUUAGAGGUGGAGGACAGGUCAUCGGGCUCCGUGGGGGCGGAGGGCAGGGGCCAAUCAGGUCGAGCCCCCAGCAGAGUCCAGACGGUAACGUCAAUCACAAUCAACAGUUCGGCCAAGCUAAUUUGGACAAAUCCAAUGUGUUCAACUUUCCCGCUGGUACCCCGUCGCCGUCGGCCAGUGACAAACCCGUCCGAAGGAAACAUCACUCUCAGCAUCGUGCCCGCUCGCAUUCAAACUCCAAACAAGACAACCCCAACUCCUCCCACCACCAACGACAAUCCCAGCAUGCAUCAUCACCCAAUGUGUCCCAUGAUGCAUCAGAGGGGGCUACGGGGGCGCAAUCAGAUCCCUUAUCAACAUCAAGCAGCUAUAAUAACCUGAACUCCAACCAGAAUGAUGUGGAGAACAUGGAAAGAAAGGCCAAGAGGCUACCCAAGCUUCCUGGAGCUAAACUUGAUUCAGCUGACAUUGCAGCAAUGAAGGCAAGGGGACGACAAAAGACAUCUACUAAUAACACAAGCAAGACGCCCAUGACUGCCACCGGUGAACCAGCAAGCUAAUGAUUGUAGAUUUCAGCAAACAAAUCACAAAGAAAGAUAACAAAAAAAGUAAGGAAAAAAAUAUAGACAAAAACCUAGUGUUAAUGAAAUUUGAAACUCACUGCUAAUGUAGUAAAGUUAAGGUGCACUAUAUUAGGCUUUUAAUGAAUUUGGUCUGGCUUCCUGACUGUGGGUGGUACAGUUUUAUUCAUACAUGUACAUCACAGCGCCAGACUUUUCAAUUCAAGCCAACCUUGCUCAAGUCAAGACAACAUUGGUCACUUUCCAAGACUGCACAUCCUGGAUUUCAAUGAAUCUAUACAUGACAUCAUUGUCACCAGACUGAAUCUUGCCAUACUGCUUAUUUCAAAAUGGCCGCUGGCUUAACCUUGGUAGUUAAGACAGGCGUAGAAAAAAACACAAUCUAGAUGAGUUUUAACGACUACAAAAAUAAGAGAUUUACUGACGGCAAAAUGUACAACUGGUUCUAUAAGUAAGAUACAUUAACUUGGUGUAAUGGCAAUUCACAUUAUUUCAAUGAAAUUGUAUAAAAUAUGGGAAAUUUGUAAGUAAUCUGAGCCUAAUCUUAGUGACAUUUUGGCAAGUAGAUUAAAAGAUAAAUAGAAGCUUCCUGUAGGAUUAAAAAAAUAAAUAAUAAUAACACAAUUUGGAUGUCUGAAAACAUCUCUAAAAAUAUAACAACAAAACUCCCUGCAUGUGUUAAUAAUGAAGUCUUGUUUGGUGUGUAACUCAACGCUAAAUUAUUACCUAACAAAAUGUAUUGGAAUAAGUUUUUUGUAAAAAAAAAAAAUAACAGUUUUGUCCAAAAGUGUUCUUUGUACGUAAAACUGUCUACUAGAAAGUGAAUACAUGUAGCUUAUAAACAAAGGUAUGCAUUGUAUCUGAUAAUGUUCAAAUAUUUCGGGCAACAAAAAUGACACAAGUAACAUUUGAAAGUUUCUGCACAACAAACAUUAAGUUGACCGCUUGUUCACAAUAUUUUGUUUUCUAUUCAACAAUUUGUUAGGAUUCGCAAUAUCAUGACGGGAUAUAAAAUGUGGAGUUUGGAAAAAUAAUUCUUUUGAUACAAAGAUUGAUGCAUCGGUCGUAGUUAAAGCUAAAUGAAAUUGUCAAGAGCUGUAUACUUCAUUUUCAUCUCUCAAGAAAUUGUUUCUCUUAACGACGAGCAGAGUAUACUGUUCGAAAUGUCAAGACAACACCAGUUCUUCUCAACACUUCUCCGAAAGGAGGUUUUGCACAUGAGUUUACCUACAGGUUUACAUUUUAUAGCUAACGUGUCAUCCACACCAAGCAAAGCUUCAAACAUCACUUAAAUUGUUUCUGCUUUCAAAUCUGUUUCCACAUACAAACAAGUACAUACAAUUUCCAAAAUAAUUGGAGACUUUUGGGACUCUUGGUGGCAGCAGACUUACCAGGUAAAUCCAUUGUUCUCGGUAAAGUGUGCACGCUCAGAACUACGUAAACAAUUUAAACUUACUUGGUAAGUGUGCUGCCAUCUAGUGUUUUAAAGUAUCCCAUUGUUACUGCCAUGCUUAAAUCAAGGGAAGAAAACAAACUUAAAAAAUUAAAUGCAAACUCUGCGAUUGUUUGGACAUCUCUGUAAUACUUUGAACUGUGUCCAAAUCCAUUUAGUGGCAAAGCAUUCUUAUAAAAUGUGCUGAACAGUUUCUAUUGGGGACCAGUGGCAGACAGUCCUAAAAAAGCACAGCUUUAGCCUGUAACCUGCGAAUGCAAAGCUUAGUGACGCAUUGUGGCUUAGCAGGUUUAAUGAAAAUUCACCUCAAUAUUUCAAGUAAUUGAGUUUUUAUGUGUGCAGCAGAUAUGUGUAGAUUCAAAUCAUUAAUUACAUCUAUCAUAAAAAAGUAAACUAGUUUAAUUUAUAAAUAAUUUCAAAAUUACCUUAUUUCUCUUUAAAAGUUUGUUUUCUUUUUCGAAAAGAUAGAAACUUGAGAGGAGUAAUAUUUGUAUAAAUACAACUUUUUUGUCUGUUUUAAAUUAUAAAUGUGAUUACAAACAAAGUAUAUUUAAUUGUAAGUCUUUUAGAUUAGGGCAACAUGUUUUAACUUUCCGAGAAAUUGUCCAGCGACUUUUUACUGGGAAAGUUAAUUGGUCAGUCAAAUACGCACAUGUCAAAAAACGCACAGGCAUUUCCUAAAGGAGUUCCAGUUUUUGUAGAUAUAGCGAACUUUAGUAGACUCUGGAUGACCAGAUAGUGUUUUUGAAUGUUAACACAAUAUAGCGCCCUCUGGAGCCAAAAAGUUCCUCACUUAUGUAGCUCAUCACUGAUCCUAGCCUGAACCUCUGGGCCCAAUUUCAUGGCUCUGCUUACGAUAAGCACAGAAUCGGCGAAUUCUGUGCUUACAGCAACGUAUUUCAAGGGUUAGGGGCGAAUUUUGGCUUCUGUGCAUGCGUACUCCUUGUUACUAGGCAUUCUACGCUUUCAAGGCUAAUGCAGAAAAAUAAGGUGCUUGCAUGUAUUACGGGGAAUCGUGAUUGUAAGCGCAGAAUUCGGCGGUAAGCAGACCCAUGAAAUUGAGCCAUGAUGUAAGACCAGAUACCUGCCUUGAGCACCUGGCAGGAUCCUGCCAGAUGUACCUUUGACCUUGCAUCCAUUUUCAUAUGGAGAUUCACAGUCAGAUCACGGAUACAUGUACACAUAGUGAACAAAACAAUAUUAAAUGCAUGUUGAAACAUUAUGCACCUGCUGCAUGCAGACGAUCGAAAGUGCAAGCUGACACUACAUCACCUCAGAUCAAUCAUAACACAGAUAUAGAAAGCUUGCAUGGUUAUCCAAUGGAAUUAUUGUGUUCAAUGAAUUCAUUGAGCCUAUAAGACCACAGACAGGGGACCAGGCUACCCUGACCCUGCCAGCCCAGCUCCAGUUUGUGUAUUGCAUUCGACCAGGCUACCCUAAUCCUGCCAGCCCAGCUCCAGUUUGUGUAUUGCAUUCAAUAAGUCUUGAUGUUGUUAAUUUUCUGCUGUCUGCUUACUCCCAGAUAUUCCUUUUUAGUUUCCUUCGCAUUCCAAAUGUCUCCCCCUGACAUUUAACCCUAACACUAACCUUUCACCUCAACCCCCACCCCCCCCCUAAACUAAUGAGUCCAACCCCAAAUUCGUCCCCCUCUCGUUCACCAGCUCCUUUGCAGUGUUCAAGUGAAAUACCUUACCAUGUGAGGUGUGUCGUGCUAGAACCUGCUUGAGUUUUCAACUAUUGUCUUACGUUUUUACGUUUAUUUCAAAUGUUCGAAUCCUGAAGUCUUUUAUCGUCUCUGUAUCUUGAAGAAACUGGUCUUGGGUGAAAUGCUUUCCUCGGCCGAUUCCAUUCAAAGUACUGGUCAGUUUGAAAUAUUGUAUCGGUUACCAGCUUAUCUUGUGUACAAAAUCUACACACUGUGUGUGGCUGGUAAUCUGUAUCAAAUUUUAGAAUUUGGCCCCAGUUUUGGAUGCAUGUCUUACCUGAGCCAGUCGACCUUUUAGUUGACCUCCAACCUUUCAUUUGACCUAUGAAAUAUUGUGUCAUUGCAUUUGAAAUCAUUGCAAAGUUGUUGUCUGUGGCUUAGAAAUUAUUUUCUGUGAGCUUAGUCAUGUCGAAAUACUGUGUAAGAGCAAAUGCUUGUUUUGAUGUUGGGGGGGGGGGGUUGGAUUUGGCUCUUGUAGGAUAUUUCAUCCUUUUCU